AUGACGUCUUCCGACAAUGCAAAGGAAGACGAUCUACGGACGAGUAUCUUCGGAACUAAUCACCAAGUUCCGAAAUGGGUUCCAGUGACCUUGGCGCAGUGUUAUUCCAAAGAAUCUUCAGGAAACUACUGCGCCUCCUCGGCGAGGGCGAGGACCACCAACGUUGCCUAUCUCAUCGCAUUCUUCCCCAAUAAGACCCCGACCUACCUCACAAACAGUACCGAGGGAGGUUCUAGCUCAACCACCGCCUUUGAAAGUCCUGUGUCAAAUGGAGACAGUGGAGAACAGUUUUUCAACGGUCCUCUGUACACCCUCAAAGCCUUCGGCAUCGCUACUGCUCUUGUGACGCUGGGUGCUACAGCCUCUAUUUGGGGAGUAAUGAGAGCUCUCGAUGCUCGUAAUACCAACGAGUUUGCGGAACGUCUCCGUCAUGCGGUGCUGACCAAAUUACCCGUCCUCUCAUACCAAAUAUAUCGUCCAGCUGAACCCCACCAGGACGAUGCCAGUAGUGAUUCUGCGCAGACGAAAAAUCCUGCAUCUGAACCUGUGGAAUGGAAUUGGCAAGAAGCAGAGAUCCGCCUUAGAGAAGCGUUUGACAAGGGGGGUUUUCAUAGCUGGGCAUCAGCUGCUCUAGUAGAGGUAGAGGCAGAAGCAACAGUCGAAAGAGCAAAAAGGGGUAUCACUCAAACCCAGGAGAAGCCGACUAGUUGA